CCUUGCCUGGGAUCCAGAUUCUCAGGGCCUUAUCACCUGCACUUAUCUGUGUCCUGACCCUGGUCCACUGUGACCCUUGACUCAGACUCUUAGUCUUUGUUUUGCCCAGCCAGAUUGUGUCACUGCCCUACCAGCCCAUCUGAUCUGCCCCCACGCUAGGGUACCUCAAGUCAAAGCCCUCGUUUCUGCCAAGUGCAGUAGGAAUAUUUUAACAUUUAUCAUUCCUGGUCGGGUGGGCUGACAAGGUACUUAGGCUGUCUGAACCCUAAUUGCCCCAGCUGUGAAACGAGGGUAUUAUCUGCCAUUCUACCAACUCUCUAAUAUAUUGUAAGGUUCAAAGUUUUUAUGUGAUAGUAUCUUGCAAACUAUUGUAAAAAACUACACAGAUACAAGGUCCUGUGAUGAUUAUUACUGUCAUUAUCAAGAUUAACCUAGAGAUGACCACAAAAUUUAACUUUCCUUCAAAAUGUCCACUAACCUUUCUCAUUCUUUUAGACAAAUUACAGGAUAUAAAUAGCAAAGUGAGUUGGAAUAUAAUUAGAUUUCCUUCACUUGUGGUUAAGGAAGCUUUUUCCUGCCAUUGUGAUGAACCCUAGAGGAAGGGAGUGAGGUCAGCUGGAAGCCUGAGCAAGGUUCGGGUGAGGGCCGCGCAGGCUCAGCUCCUCCACUACAAGAGGAAGUCUCGAGUGCUGCGUCUACUGUCGCCAUAGUGACGGGACCAGCUUUGGCCCCACCCACCUGCCCCUUAACCCCUGAGACGCACCAUGGCAACCAGACCUUUGUAACGCACAAGCCUGUCUCACAGGUCGUCGCGGUUGAGCAACCGCGGUAGAGGCGUCCCCCGUCCCGAGGGGGCUCGAAAAUGUACAGCCAGCGGUUUGGCAUCCUACAGCGGGAGGUUAAAGGCCCCACUCCCAAAGUGGUGAUCGUGAGAGCCAGGACUCCCAGAGGCCAAGGGGCUGAGCAACAUCUGGAAAGAAUCCAACACGGCGGUCAAAAACGUCAUGCUAUUUUGGCUUCCAUUAAGUCAAAGGAGAGGGAUCGCUUUAAGGUUGAGUGGGACCAGCACAAUGACCGCAAGUUUAUGGACAGUCUUGUGAAAGCAAGAAUCAAGGAUGCCAUGCAAGGGUAUAUCAUCAAUACUGAAGAAAGACGAAAUAAGCUACGUGAACUUCUAGCAUCAGAGGAAAAUGAAUAUUUUACUGAAAUGCAAUUGAAAGAAGAAACAAUUGAGGAGAAAAUAGAUAGAAUGAGAGAGAAAACCAGAUUAUUAAAAGAGAAGAAAGAAAAAGAGAGACAGGAUUUUGUGGCUGAAAAGCUAGAACAGCAAUUCAGGGAAUGCUGUGAGGAGCUCCGUGCUGAACUGUUUUGUAUCCAUCAGAAGAAAGUGUGCGAGGAGCGGAAAGCACAGAUAGCAUUUAAUGAGGAGCUGAAAAGGCAAAAACUGGUGGAAGAGCACAUGUUCUCAAAGCUCUGGGAGGAAGACCGACUAGCCAAGGAAAAGCGAGAAGCCGAGAAAGCAAAGAGACAGAAAGAGCUGGUGGAGAACACACGGCUGGGGCUGAAUGCCCAGAUCACCAGCAUCUGGGCACAAAGGCAGGCCGCACGGCAGCUGAAGGAAGAGGAGGCGCGCUUUGCGGAAAAUGAGAAAGCACAGGUGAAACUUGAGAAUGAACAGGAUAAGCUAAAGAAACAGAAAACAAAACAGGAAAUUAGGACCACUUUGCAAAAAGCCCUCCAAGAGAAGAUAGAGCAUAUUCAGCAGGAAUACAGAGAAGAGCAGGACUUAAACAUGAAGCUUGUACAAAGGGCCCUUCAAGACUUACAGGAAGAGGCUGAUAAAAAGAAGCAAAAAAGAGAAGAUUUGAUAAGAGAACAGAAGAUAUAUCGUCAGUAUUUGGCACAACAAUGGGAGGAAGAAAAAGCUCAGGAGAAAGAAUUGGACAGAAUAUUAGAGGAAGAGAAGGAAAAGAAGUUGGCUGAGAAGGACAAGGAGCUGAGACUUGAAAAGGAGGCAAGGAAACAACUUGUGAAUGAGGUCAUGUGUACAAGAAAACUUCAAGUUCAAGAAAAGUUGCAGCGAAAAGCCAAAGAACAGGAAGAACGCUCCAUGGAACAGGAACGCGUAAAUGAAGGUCUUAAAGAGCUUAACCGUGAAGAGGAGGAGAAUUUUGCAAGACGCUCAGGUUUAGCCCAGGAGUACAGGAAGCAACUACAGAUGCAAAUGUCCUACCAGCAGCAGGCCCGGGAAGCGGAGAAAAAAGAGGGACGCCAAGAAUUUGAAGCAGGAAUGGCAGCAAACAAGAUUUGCCAGGACAAGAUUCGGGAGAUCCUGUCCACGCAUCAAGUGCCACUCCGAAACAUUCAUCCCAUGCGGAGGGCGUGCUCUAAUAAGCCUCCACCAUAGUUUCAUAAACUGCAAUGCAUACUUUUUCUUAGUCUUUUAAUAUUUUUAGCUAUAGUAUGCAUCUAACUCAUGGAUAAACUGUUUUGUUCUCUGAGUUUGUAUAAUUAUACAUAAAUUUCUUUCUUCAAAUUAAACUCCCUUUUUUAGACUGCAUAUACUUACAAAUAUGAAUGAUGUACUUCAUCUAACAGUUAUUUUCCUGACUUAUCCCAUUCCUCCUUUUCUUAUUCAUUCACUAAUAGCUAUACUACACUUUCUUCCAUUUCUUCUUGCCUCCUUUCUCUUCUAUCAUAUAUAAUUCAUGAUAUUAACAGGGCAUUUUUGCAGAUAGAGCAGGGACUAUCAUCCACUUUCAUUAACCCACAUAUUCAGUCAUUAAACAGAUAUUUACUGAGUGCCUCCCAUGUGUUAGGUGCUAGUCUGGAUCCUGAGACUUCAGCAACAACAAAACAAACCCCCUGCUUUUGCAAUACUUGAUUACAUCCUGGUGGAAUCAAGUGAUAAGUGUUAAGUGCUAUAAAGCAGGAAAUGACUGGAGUGCUAGUUUAUUUUUUAUGUGAUGGUCAGAAGAGAGUUCUUUGAGCAGAUGAUACUUGAAUGAACUAGCCCUUCUACUAGUUAUCUGGUUAUCUGGAGGGAAAACUUCCUAGACGGAGGAAAGAGCCAGUACAAGGGCCCUGGGGCAGAAAUUUGCUUAGUGCAUUUCAGAAAAAGCAUUUAUGCUGGAGUGGAGUGAAUGGGGGGAGAUUAAUCAGAAAGGCAGUGGGGGCCAGAUGAUGUAAGGCCUUGGAGUCAUGGUAAAGACUGGCUUUCACUUGGCUGUAGGAAGCUGUUACAGAGUUUUGAGCAGAGGAGUAACAUGAUAUGAUAAAAUUGUUAGGAUCAUCUUGUCUGUUUCUAUAAAAAUGUCUGCUGAGAUUUUGAUAGAGAUUGUAUUGAAUUUACAGGUGCAUUUGGGAGAACUGCCAUCUUAACAAUAAUGAGUCCUCUAAUCCAUGAAAAGGGUCUAUCUCUCCAUUCACUUAGGUUGUCUUUAAUUUUUCUCAGCAAUGUUUUGUAGUUUUCAGUGUGCAAGACCUUUGCUUCUUUUGUUAAAUUUCUUCUUAAGUAUUUCUUUUUGGUGCUAUCGUGAAUGUAAUUGUUUUCUUAAUUUCGUUUUUGGAUUAUUCAUUAUUAAUGUAGAGCAAUAUAAUUAUUUUUGCAUAUGGACCUUGCAUCUUGUUUGGGACCUUACUAAACUUGCUUAUUCUAGUAGGUUUUUUGUUUUUUGAGAUUAUGUAGGGUUUUCGGUAUUCAGGAUCAUGUUGUUUGCAAAUAAAGACAGUUUUAGUUCUUUCCAAUCUGAAUGCCUUUUCUUUCUUUUCUUGCCUUAAUGCACUGGUCAGUGAAAUAUCCAAUAUGAUAUUGAAGAGAAGUGGUGAGAAUAGACAUUCAUUAAGUGGAAACAUUCAUUCUUUGACCACUGAUAUUAUCUAUGGGUUUUCACAGAUGCCCAUUAUCAAUGUGAGGAUGUCCCCUCUAUCCCUAGUUUGUAUAGGAAGAGGUGUUGGAUAUUAUCAAAUGCUUUUUCUGUACCUAUUGAAAUGUGGUUUCUGUUCUUUAUUCUAUCAAUAUAGUAUGUUAAGUUACUGUCAGAUACAAACUAACCUUGCAUAUAUAGGAUAAACACCACUUGGUCAUGGUAUAUAUAUAUUUUAAUAUGUUGCUGCAUUCAUUUGCUUUUUUCCCCCACUAUGUUGAUCUUGGUCUGUUGUAUAUCUUGGAUCUAGGUCUAUUGUGAUAUCUUUGUCUGGUAGCAGGAUAUUAUUGGUCACAUAAAAUGAGUUAAAAGGUGUUUCUCCUCCAUUAUUUUCUGGAAGAGUUUGUAAAAGAUUGGUAUUAUUUCUUGCUUAAAUGUUUGAUAGACUUCAUCAGGGAUGCUGCCUGAGCUUUCUUUGUGGAAAGAUUAUUUUUUAUUGAUUAUUUGAUAUUGUUAUUGGCAUAGAUCUGUUCAGGUGUUCUGUUUCUUCUUGAGUUAGUUUUGGUAAUUUGUGCCUUUCUAGGAAUUUGUCCAUUUCAUCUGAGUUGUCUAAUUUAAACACAGAAAAUAUUCAUAAAAUUUCCUUUCAAUUAUUUUAACUUAUAAGGGGUCCAGAGUAAUGUACCUCUUUCAUUCUUUUUGGAAUUUGGGUGGUAUUUUGGUAUUCAAUGUCUGCAGAAGAACUAGAAAUUGUGGCCUCUCUAUCCAGUGUCCUUCCAUGACUCCAGAUGUAAAUAGCUCCCUACCAAGAAUAUGGUACUUGGAUGAUUAAAGCAAUUCUUAAAAACAAAAAGUAAAAAUCACCUUAUUGUUAAAUUAUACUAUUCAUCUUUUUCUUACUUAUUUGUAUGUAAAGGAAAGUAGCCUUUCAUCAUAUGAAUGCAAACAUUUUUCAUAGGUUUUCUGCCCUGUUGAUGACAGAGAAGGAAACUAUAAAGGGCUUGGAUUCCUGACAUCUUAUUAUCUGAUAGGGCUGAUUUCACCUCUUUGGUCUUCUUUAAAAUUUUUUUUUCAUAGCUAUGUAACUAUCAUAAAUUUUUCUCCAAAUCAAUAUUUGCAUAAUUUGGUUAUCUCACUAGUAUUUUCAUUCAGAUGACAUUAUAGACUAGUUCAGGGAUGCUGUCAUCUUUAUAUUUAUUUUGCCUAUCCAUAAGUCACAAUGUGGCCUUAUUCAGACUAUUCAUUGCCUACCAAUUCUCUGUUUUCUCUUCUCUCUCAAAUUAACAGGACCUUGGUUUCUGUUGUGUGUAAUGCAUAUGUGUGCACAAAUGUGUAUAACUAUGAAUGAAUGUGAGUUUGACUGGGCAUGCUGCUGUAUAAAUAAAGAUUACACCUCUUACAUUCCCUUGCAAACAGUGUUUGUCCAGGUGCCUAAAUUCUGGCCAAAGUAGAAGGGUUAUAUGGGUUUUCCGGGAAGUAUCCUUAAAGCAGGGAGGGAAUUUUGGGAAUGGUUGAGUAAGGAGCUCUGCAAAUCUUCUUCCCGAAAGGUAAUGAUAAAAUGGGAAACAUAGCCCCAAACAGCCUAAGGACUCUGAAAAGGUAUGUAACAAAUUGAGAAGCAUUUAUUCAAGAAAAUAUACUAAACUUUGGUAAGAAUGGUGGGGUCUGUGGUAUUUUGACCUGUGCUGCUUGCAUAUCCCAUUCAGCUGCACGGAGCAGUAGUUCUCCCAGGGAAACCUGCAGCCUCAUUGCUAGAGGAAGCAGAAUUGGAAAAUUGGGGCAUUGUCAAGAUGAUAGUAUUCUCAGUGGCAAGUGAGAAAGGCCAACAUCACAGCUGAGGUUGUGAUACUGGUUGGGGCAAACAGAUCACAUCUGAGUUUAUGCUAAGUAUUUAUGCCAAGACACUGAUGUAUUUCCACUAAUUUAACAGGAAGAUUUAGGGAACAUGGAAGCUAUAAUGGGCUUUGAUAAACUCCAACAUAUUCUUCAUGGUCUGGAAGUCUACAUAGACAUAAAGCUACAUGCAUGCUCAUGAGAGACCUGAGCAGGCACUAGCAGUCUACCUUGGCCACAUGUGAAGCCAUGCACAUGUAGAAGGUAAAGGAUGGGGCAGGUUUGCAAGUGACCUAAACUUUGAAUGUGUUCCCCAAUCCUCACACAGAUCCAUCGGCAAAUGGUAGAAGCUUACUAGCUCAACCACUGACUGACCACUAAAUUAUGUUGACCUAGCCUAACUCCUAGGAAGCCAAGCUUAAACAUUUUUAAAUAAAGCAGGAAUUUAAAAAAUGGGCAAAGACAUCAGUGUUAUCCUGCUAGGUUCUAAAAGGGUCAAAUGAAGUCAAGUAUGUACAAAUAAUUUGAUUAAUAGUACAUUUUCUAUGUUUUUUUAUUGUUAUUAU